GCCACGGUAUAAAGUGCGUAGAGCUGAUAGGCAACUUGUGAAUGAACCGAACCCGUUGCAAGCUGGUACGGGAAAAUGCGCUAUCAGUAUCCCAUUGUCUCCUCAUAACUGCAGUGUACUGAUAUCUAGCAAGUCACUGAAUGCUUCAUACGGGUUGACGUCAAUCACCCUAUAUAUUAACCUCACGAGCAGAUAAUAAUCAUUUUGCUGGUUCAAGUAGAAAAUGCGAGGCUUCAGUGUCAGUUGUUGAGCACUUCAAUAAUUUGUGUAACUAUACAGACAGCUGGAAGCAGACUUGCCCCUACUCACCGAGCAGGCAGCAGUAACCUCACAGGAAGUUGUUACCCAGGUACUCCGAAGUAGUUAUGGACACGGUGAUCUCGAUUGAAGAGUACAAGAGACUGUGGGCGCAGCCCUUCAAGAUGAGGUACGUGGAGCAUGAAGGCAUCAAACUUUUCGAGGAAGGAGAUGAUGUGGUCAAGGCACUGAAGACAUUUGAAGUCAGAGAUGAUGACAGCUGGAUCGUGACCUAUCCCAAAGCAGGAACAACUUGGGUGCAGGAGAUCAUGUCGUGUGUGAUGCAUGACGGGAACUUGGAGGAAGUCAACAAGCGACAUACUGUGUUCCGAGUGCCGUUCUUAGAGAACAAUCUACCAAAGACAAUUCGGCAAGACACUAAGGUGCCUUUAAUUAGCGACGUGGUUGAGACGCUGCCCUCGCCCCGGGUCCUGAAGUCCCAUCUUCCUGGUCAGUUCCUGCCCCCUCAACUCUGGGACAAGGCUAAGACCAUCUACGUCAUCCGUAAUCCCAAAGACGUGGUGGUGUCUUUUUUCUACUUCGUCAGGAUGCUCAAUCCUGAGAAAAGCGACCUUGCCUUCAGCGAGUUUUUCGACGAAAUGACGUCAGGAAAAGCGCCUUACGGUCCAUGGUGGGACCACUACCUAUACUUCUGGAAAAUGAGACACCAUCCAAACGUCCUCCUGCUGAGAUUUGAAGACCUGAAAAGGGAUCUGAGAGGCAAUAUUGAAAAGAUCAGCAAGUUCCUGGGCAAGGACCUGCCCGCCGAGGCACUGGACGCCAUCACGGACCACUGCACCUUCGCCAACAUGAAGAAGAACCCCAUGGCCAACCCGGACUCCCUCUGGGAACCGCCCAAACCGGCCGCUGACGCCGCACCGAUUUCCUUCAUGAGAAAAGGCAAAGUUGGAGAUUGGAAAUCUCACUUCACUGUGGCUCAGAACGAGGCUAUGGACGCCCUCAUUCGAGACAAGUUCUACGGAACUGGAUUGACGUUCGACCAAUAGAGCCUGAAAGAUCACCGCUAUAGUGGCGCGCUUCCGGACCCCUUGGAUACGAACAUUAGCGUGCAAAUAAUUAUUAAUUUUGCAAUUAUUUUUAGUAUACGUUGAUCUCUUUUUAAAAAGAUCACCCUCGAAACUAGGUUUAUCUAUGUAUGGAAACUGAAAAAUCACCUGACGUAAGUAAAAUAUUGUGCCAAAUAUUGACCUCUAUCUCACUCUCGAAAAUCUCAAAUACAUGUGUAUGAUUAGUGGAACUCGGUGUAGGCCUAGCCUACUGGUACAAAGAUGAACAGUUAUGAAAUAAUUUUGUUGCGGUCAUUGAGUGAGAGACGAAACUUGACCUUGUCUUGCAAAAUUUCACGCCCGUGCUGCUAGUAGGCCUUAUGUAUUAUAUUGUAAACAAAAAUAAUGGGCACAACACUUAGAUAACGCUAUAGCGGCAUGCAGUAGUACUAUAGCACUGCAAAGAAGUACAAAUUCGGAUUAAUUGAUUAAUUUUUCAAUCUUAUUCCAAGUGAUGAUAUUUUAAAUACAAAAGUCUACGUACACUUUGGUUUUUGAAUAAAUGCAUGUUUCCUGCUUGACAAAAUGAGUUUGACACAAUCAAUUUGAGUUUAAUUGUACAUAAAUAAAAGCUUGACUUUGUAUAGAACGAA